AUUCAUUUUUGAAUUUGGUGUAAACUUGAAAUGUUCUUUAUAAUCGAGGAAAGGGGACAAGCAGCUUGGGUUUUCUUCCACGGUAUUACGCUAAGAUUUGGGGGAGAGGCACCCCAUUGGCUCCAAUUUAUCUUGUGUUGCAGUGAUUUCUGCUUAACUUCUCCAUCAACAAAAUUGGAAGGUUUUACGGAGUGAAUAAUAAGGAGAAAUGGCACAUAGGUUGUUGAGAGAUGCGGAAGCUGAUGGAUGGGAGCGUUCCGAUUUCCCAAUCAUAUGCGAGUCUUGCCUUGGCGAUAAUCCUUAUGUUCGGAUGACAAAAGCUGAUUAUGACAAGGAGUGCAAGAUAUGCACACGACCAUUCACUGUUUUCAGAUGGAGGCCAGGACGCGAUGCAAGAUAUAAGAAGACAGAAAUUUGCCAAACUUGCAGUAAAUUGAAAAAUGUUUGUCAAGUUUGCCUUCUGGAUCUUGAAUACGGUUUGCCAGUUCAGGUCCGUGACACUGGUCUCAGUAUCAAUUCCAAUGAUGCCAUUCCUAAGAGCGAUGUAAACAGGGAAUACUUCGCAGAGGAGCAUGAUCGCAAGGCUAGAGCUGGGAUUGAUUAUGAAUCUUCCUAUGGGAAGGCACGCCCUAAUGACACUAUUUUGAAACUUCAAAGAACAACUCCAUAUUAUAAGCGAAACAGAGCACAUGUAUGCAGCUUCUACAUUCGCGGUCAAUGUACAAGAGGUCCUGAAUGCCCUUACCGGCAUGAGAUGCCUGUUACGGGAGAGUUAUCACAACAAAAUAUUAAAGAUCGUUACUACGGAGUUAAUGAUCCUGUGGCAUUGAAGUUGCUCAAUAAGGCAGGAGAGAUGCUUUCACUGGAGCCCCCUGACGAUGAGAGCAUUAGAACCCUCUAUGUUGGUGGGCUUGAUGCAAGAAUUUCUGAACAGGAUCUAAGGGAUCACUUCUAUGCACAUGGAGAAAUUGAGUCCAUUAAGAUGGUGCUCCAACGUGCAUGUGCUUUUGUGUCUUACACAACACGAGAAGGGGCGGAGAGAGCAGCCGAAGAACUUUCAAAUAAGCUAGUCAUCAAAGGUCUUAGAUUGAAGCUGCUCUGGGGUAGACCACAAGCACCAAAACCAGAAUCUGAACCCUCGGAUGAAGCAAGGCAGCAGUCUGCCGUGGCUCAUAGUGGAUUGUUGCCAAGGGCAGUUAUAUCACAGCAGCAGAACCAGCCUCUUCAACCACCUAGCACCCAGGACCAACCACCGCCGAUGCCUUACUUCAACAUUCCUCCGUUGCCCCAGCAGGAUAGAGCAUAUUAUCCCUCGAUGGAUCCCCAAAGAAUGGGUGCCCUUAAUUCAUCACAAGAGGGACCUUCUAAUGGACCCUCAGGGUCUGGUGAAAAUAGAAUUAGCUCAGGGCAGCAGCAGCACCAAGGACAGCAUUAUGCUUAUCCAGCUAUGCCACCACCACCUCCAGGUCAGUUCUACCCGCCAUAUUAUCCACCAUACAGUCAUAUGCCGCCCCCACCUGCACCUCAUCAGCAAUACCGUCCCCCUUACCAGUCUACAAUGCCCUGGCCCCCACCACCUCCUGCUGGCGACCAGGCAUCAUAUCAACAGAAAGCACCGGAAGGAACAUCCCAGCAAUCGUAGAAUUUGCAAUGUGCCUAUGUUUAUUCAAGAAGAUUUUUUGUUAACCUGUGGUUAUGAGCCUACUCUAUGACAUCAUACUCAUGUACUGUGCCAUUUGGAGUAUGCAGUUUUAUUGUGCUUGCUUUGGGAUAAUCUUUCUAGGAUAUUCCAGUCUGCAUUUUUCCCUUUGCUAACAGGAACUUCUUAAUAA